UUCUGUCCUUGCCUGUUCUGUCUGAGAGUAAUUGUGUAGCUCAUGCUUGGAGCUGCUCUGAUGCUGAGCUGUGUGCAGGACCUGUUUGAUGUCGCACUGUUCCCAGAUCAGGGAGUCUGGGGCUGCAACCAGCACGAUGGCAGCUCACUGUGAUAUGCCUUGACUGUCGUCCUAAACUGAACACAUCAUCACAAGUGCUCACUCAACUACGUGUGUCUGUCAUGCAGCUCGAGGACACUGAAUCUGUGUUUGCGGACCUAAAUGAGGCGAUACCUGAGACGGAGCUCCUGGAUAACAGCAUGCAGAAGGGGCGGGCCCAGCUGCCUGUGAAGAGCCGGAGAAACCGACCGUCUCGCUCACGGCUCCGUGACAGCAUCAGCUCGACUGAAGGCGACGACAGCCUCGAGCGCAGGUCAUUAGACAGCCCCCUGUACUCCGUCCCACCCCAGUCAGGCCUACAAAGUUCACUUUCUCCCGAGUUACUGCUGGAUUCAACAGCCUUCCGAAGUCCCACCUCUUCGUCUACCUUCAAAAGUCCUGCCUUCUCAUUUGACACCCCCCUCGUGCGUCGCUUACCAGAGGAGGCAAGCGCUGGUUUUCCUGCCCCUAAGGGUCGUUACCGGCAACUCACCAAUGCCACGUCUCAUGAGGCGCUAGGGCCCACACCCACCAGCUCACCCUGCAGGUCAUGUCCUGAAAGUUCUCCUAUCUACUUUCGCAGGACUCGACGUCCAGAGAGUGAGGUGCUGGUGUCAGAUGACAGUCAGGAUGGUAGCCCAGCUGAAGCCGGAAGUCCUACAGUUGUCUUGGAUAAGAAAACCAAAAGGAGGUUCCUGGACUUGGGGGUGACGUUACGUCGUUCCUAUGUGAGGGUGAGGAGAGACAAGUCCAACAGACUGUCUAUGGGAAACCGAGAACCAAGCGAGAACACGUCCCGCAACUCGGGAUCCUUUGUGCCUUUUUCCUGGUUCACUGAUGGUCACCGUGGAGCCACCUCCUCCUCUCCCAAGAUGGCAGCACACUCCAGCACCCUGGGAAAAUCAGAUUCCCAGGAGUCAGCGUUCAGUGAUGAGUUUGUCCCCCAAAGCCACACCCCUCCGCAAGACUCACGCUCAUCUCACCCCUACCACACGCUAUCUCAGUCUUCAGAUGAACCUUCAGAAGAGCCUCAGUGCCUUGUGUCUUCAUGGAGUACUCAGCAGGUCUGUGACUGGCUCAAGAGCUUAAACAUGGAGCAGUACAUCCCAGAGUUCAGAGCCAAGGACAUAGACGGUGAUCUCUUACUGCAGAUGGACGGCACCAAGCUGAAGGGCCUGGGUGUGCUGAACUCGUCAGACCGCAGUUUACUGAAGCGCCGCAUCCGAGACAUUCACAACGCUGCUGAGAAGGAGCGUAAGGCUCUGGACAAGCUUGAGAAACAGAGGGAGAAACAGAGAAAGAAAGACCAAGAGCAGAGGAAAAUUUAACAGACCCCUGCAAGACGGCACAUACAGACAAUGCUCGUUCACCCUCUCAAUGGCAAUGAUAUGUCUUUUUGUUCGUUUUGUUAUGUUGUACUGAACUUAUUGUACUAUAUUAUUCUGUAUUACGUAGCAGUAUAUCUCAAAGGCUCCUAUUUUCGCCCAUCUCCCCCAAGUUCAUAUUUCUGGACAGGAUGGGCGGAAUUAGGAGUACUACACUAUUACACUUAUCUGUCCUUGCUAUGCCAAAAAAUAGCUUAGCAGAAUUAUAACUUGUUAUAAUACAGUGGAUGUGUGAUAUACCCGUGUAAUAGAGCUCGGUUAGAUUGUCUGUGCUUCGUCCCACUUUUACAGUAGCCUUUGCUUCAGCACUGCAGCAGGGAUGUUUGGCAGAAAGAAACGGAAAGAUGGAAGCAACUAGAUAUAACCAGCUGCAUUACCACAGGUCCUCACAUAGAGAAUGAUGCAGAUCAUUCUACCACCAAAUCCUGUUCUCUUCUCAGCGACGUGCUGAGCAGCUUCACUUUCACUUGCAGGUUGGGAACUAAAUUAUAAAAUGUGUAAAAUGAACUCCGAUUGAUAUGCAAGUUAGUUUACAUUUAACAAGAAUUAAAAGAACUGGAAAGAUGCAUGCAUACCAUACAAGCUCACUUUGGACAGGUUUGGAUGAAAAGAAACACACUCAGAGUGUGGAAGAGUGCAGAAAGACAUGCCUAUGUUUGUUACAGUACACAGACUGCUCCUAUUUUUUUUUAUAUUUUUUUUUUAUGUGAAGUCUGAGUGUCCACAUUAUACAGACAGAAACAUAUUUUUAAUUAAGCCUAACUCCAAAAUGUGGCUCCCAAAUAAGAGAUUUGCACCACUGGACUAUUUUCUCAUACACUUCUCCUACAAUUAGGUAAACAAUUCCCCCAUGCACUGACCACAGACAACAAGAAAAUAUGCACAAAGUCAUGACUUUUUGUUUCAUGAUCCAGUUUUCAAAUACUGCUCAAGAAGAUGGAAACUGUAACCAUUAGCUUUUAAUAUGACUGUGAAUGAAUGACAGUAGAUGAAUAAAUAAAUAAAUAAAUAAAUAAAUUCAUUUCAUUUAAAUAAA